UACGCGCGUACGUCGUAUAGCUAGCUCACGUACGUACGCUCAUGCGUGACGCUUUGCUCCACACGAAAAUUAGGAAGAUCUGAAGAAAAUGGAUCAAACUAAAAAGCCUUUAAGAAUACCUCCUCAGUUUGGCACAUAUGCCGAAAGGCAUGGACUUUUCGAGCUGUACAAGAGGUUGCUGGAAGGUGUGAUCGUUGCAAAACCUCAGGAUCCAUUGGAAUAUCUCCUGGAAGAGUUGAAGAAAGAAAACAACGAUGUUCCAGCUAUCAUUAUCCAGGGUCCUCCAGCUUCAGGCAAGACCACCAUCGCCCGCAUGGUAUGCACCAAGCUGCGUGCAGCGUAUAUCAGUCCGGACACGCUUCUGGCUGACGACGUGUCAUCACUGGCUGCAAGGGCCAAGGACCACCUCAAGCAGAAUGAGGCCAUACCAACCAACUUGUGGGUGGAGCUACUGUCCAUCAGGCUGAAGCUGUUUGACUGCAUCAAGAAAGGCUGGGUGUUAGACGGAUUCCCACAGACCCGGGAGCAAGCACUGGCCCUGCAGGAGGUGGGCAUCGGACCCAAACACUUCGUUGUCCUGGAGGCACCGGACACCGUUCUGAUUGAGAGACAGAUGGGCAAGAGAGUGGACCCAGAAACAGGAGAUGUAUACCACACCACCUUUGACUACCCAGCGGGCAGCGAAGUGGAGCGUCGGUUGGUGGAGCCCACCGAGGGAUGCGGCGAGGAGGCCACGGUGGCCCGUCUGGUAGUGUACCACCGCCACGCCCAUGGCUUACAGAGCUGCUACAACAAGAGCUACAAGGCCAUCAAUGCCGACCAGCCCAAGGCCGAUGUGUUCUCACAGGUCAUGACAUUCCUGAGCAGUCAGAAACGUUCCCUUGCUCCCCACACACCGCGUAUUGUUCUGCUGGGGCCAACGGGCAGCGGUAAGAGCGUGCAGGCAGCGUUGAUUGCAAGCAAGUACAACAUCAUCAACGUGUCAUCCGGUCAACUUGUACAGGAAGCAAUCGCUAAUGAGUCCAAGAUUGGAGAGGCCAUUAAACCUUACGUGGAAAGGAAUAUGCUAGUGCCAGACAACCUGAUGAUCAAGAUCCUGGACGAGCGACUGGCCCAGCUGGACUGCGUGACCAGGGGCUGGGUGCUGCGCGGCUUCCCCCGGACCAGGGAACAGGCCGAGAACCUGUCCAAGAUUGGUCAUGAACCAAACAGGGUGUUUUUCCUGGACGUUCCCAAUGACUCUGUGUACGAACGCCUAACGCUGCGCUCAUUGGAUGUGGUCACAGGCAGUCAGUACCACGCCCUGUACAACCCGCCCCGCACCAACCGCAUCAAAGACCGCUCCAUCCAGCACCCAAAGGACGCGGAAGAGAUCGUGCGCAACCGCCUGUCGCAGUACUACGCCUACGCCGAAGAGAUCGCAGAUUUCUACGAGGACGCACAGCACAUCAAUGCUGAUCAGGACCCCCACACAGUGUUUGAGUGCAUGGAGAGCAUGCUGGUGAAUCCGUUGCCCAAGCGACUGGUGCAGCAAGAUUAACGAGUUGAAAUUGGAGUGGGGGGGGGAUGGUGUGGUUUGAUGGCUGAGCUCAUCACGUGGUCACAGAUUUACAGUUGGCCUUUUCAUGGUACAUGCCCUUCUUGCAUUAUUCAGAGUGACUGUUUACCUUGCAUGAACCCAAUUUGUCUCACAGAAACUCCUGAUGUAACAAAGAGCUGUACUUGUGAAGUGCGGGGCUAAUGCGGUGCCAGCCAUCUUUCCAAAUCCCUUGAAAGUUUCAAAUGUUUUCUAUUCACAACCCCAGGUUUUUCAUGAAGGCUCAAGAUGUAUACCUUCAGUCUAGUGUGGUCACACUUGUUUGAUAAUCCAAUACAAAGUAAACCAAAAGCUAAAACAGUUAUUUACACGGUAAGACUACAGAACUACCAUUUGGCAGCUCUUGAAGAUGGCUUGACAUUUACUUUGUCUGCAAGAUGAGGGAUCUGACAUUUGAGUUGUCUCAUUCGAGGGGGCAUUGUCCCCUUGCCUCUGCCUUCAUAUUGACUUCCAUUUUGCAGACAUCAGGCCCCUAUCUCAUGCUAGGUGAGUCACAUUCACUUGGUGCACUAACUACUGUGAAGGAAAGGGAAAAAAAAAGGCUUACGACUCAAACUCUGAAGUUUGGUGCCUAGACACUGUUAUUCUUGGCCAAAGAAUAGCAACCUGUGCAUAAACCUGAGACAUAAUGGCCUCAAGUUACAUACUUCAUUUUUAUUCCUUAUGGGAGCCGAGAGGGACAGCACCUCCCGUGCUAUUCAACAUGGGAAUGCAACUUUUCUUAUAGUCAAGUGUAACAACUGUAACUUAGUAAGGUGAACGUCUAGCAGACGGAAACUCAAGUGGAACACGUUCAAAUUUAAAAACUGUUUUGGGGGAUGCGCCUGUUUUAAAAAAGAAUACAAAUGUGGGAAACAUCUGCAUGAAUGGAACACACCUGUGGAAAAGGUUUUGUAAUAUUGCCACAAUACCUUCACAAGAAUGAGAAAUAUGGCCGCAGCAUGUCUACACAUGGCUCCCGGAACACAAAGCAUGAUGCCAUUUCAUAUCUUUAACUUUUAAAAUCCAGUCAAAAUUACUCAAGGCUUUUCUCCUCUUUCAAUCUCUAUCUUAAAAGCCCCUUUUCAGUGUGUAGGUCAUACAGCCACAUUCCAGAACUGUAAAAGUUUAAUUUAGUGUCAAACUGUAAAUACUGUACAGAAAAGAAAUCUUCAAAUCCGUCCAACAUGUUAGCAUUUGAAUGCUACCUCUUUGAUCCAACAUUUCAAGUGUAUGAAUUGGAAAAGUAAAUGUUUCAGUGAGAUAAAAUACUGUUUAGUGACAUAA